AUGUUUAUGUUUUAUUCUGGGAGUGCAUAUCUCUCGGGGAAGACACCAUGUUAUCUUUAUUUAUUUGGUGUAUCACAUGAAUUAGUUGGAGCCGGGGAUGCUAAAGGAGCUUAUUUAAGAUUUGCGGACAAACUGACUACAAAUCAUUUUCUCAACUUUUAUUUCUUAGUAGAGGGGCAUAUUAAUUUUAAUGGUGAAUCUCAAAAGACUUUUGAUGAAGUUCUCUCUGAAGUAAUUGUAGCUAAAGAACUAACAGCUCUUGGUAUGGGCUUAACAAAUUGUACUUCUGGUUUUGUAGAGUUGAUAAAAGUUCACCUUCUCCAAGGGGCAUUCCCUUCAUGUAUGAAGAAAUUGUGGGAGGCAUAUGAUAGAGUGAAGGGUUCUGAAAAUGAUCAUCCAAACAUCUUUCCUGAUGACCAAUUAUGGGUGGUUUUAGAAUCUGCAUUUUGUGGUGUACCGCUUGGGGAUAAUAUUCCUUCUUGUCCUUGUGCAAGACUUUCGCUUCUCCUGCAAGUCGGAUUUUCCCUUGCAGUAGCUGAGCAGGAAAUGAAUUUCGAACACAGAGAUCUUCACUUGGGGAAUGUUUUGGUCAAGGAAAGUCCUGUGUCUCGUGCUAGGAAUCCUUCUUUAUCCUCUAAAACAUCAUCAUCUUCUUCUUACCCUUUUCCAUCCGGCUCCGUCUCGUCAUCGUCCACAUCUCCGAAAGGUUACUGUAAGUAUUGUUUUCAUUUGGAAGGGGUGGAGGAAGAAUCUGAUAAAGAAAAUAAAGAACAUUUCAUUAUUGAAAAAGUCAACAAUUACGAAUAUGUGGAAUUUCGUCUGAAUAAUCAGAUGAUCAGAGUUCCCAAAUGUGGUGUCACGGCUUAUCUUAUAGACUUUACUUUGUCCCGUUUAGAACAAGAUGGUGGUUUUGUCUAUGUUGACUUAAGUAGUGACACUACUUUGUUUCAGUCCAAAGGUGAUUAUCAAUUCGACAUAUAUCGUCGUAUGAAAUCACAUAAUCGAAAUGAUUGGAAGAAGUUUUCGCCGAAAACCAAUGUUAUGUGGUUUCACUUUUUGACGACAAAACUAUGCUGUGAUUCGCCCGAACUAGCCUCAUCAUCUGCUGCAUCCACCUGCAUCGAACGUCAUGCUAUUUGUUGUGAACAGCUGAAAGACUUAGAGUUGAGCACACGGAGAUUCAAAUACAAAUCCGCAUUCGACUUGGUGACAACACACAAAUUGUUUAAAAACUGUCGGUAUUUUUUCAGUGAUAAGUAA